CCCAGACACUACUGUCCCUGGACAUCACCUCCUGAGUCCUCCAGGAUGCACGCUGUCCAGCUCCUGUUCAGGGCCAGCCCUGCAACCCUGCUCCUGGUUCUAUGCUUGCAGCUGGGGAUCAGCAGCGCUCAGGAAGACACUCGGAAGGCACUAAUAGUCAAUGUGGAGAUGCCGAAGAAAGCAAGAGCAGGGGAAGAAGUCACCUUGAAACUUAAAGUUCAGACGGAAUUGAGAGAAUGCAUGGUGAUUAAAGCUUACCUCGAGAGCAACAAACCAACUGAGGGUGCCUUCAACUAUAAAUACACCACCUGCCUCUGUAAAGAUUACCCAAGAACCUUGUCCUGGGACAUCCAGACCAACAGCACCUUACAUAUUGCAGCAGUGGUUGACAUUAUUCAGGAAAAAAAUAUCUGUCCUAAAGAUGAUGCAGUGAUACCGAUCAAAGGAGGUCGGGUUGCUGAAAUUAGUACCCUGGUCAUAGAGUAG